GAUAGAUAGAUAGAUAUAGAGAUGCCACUAUUCCUGUGUAAUGCAGACUUUCCAGUAAUGCCAGAAAAAUGCAUGUAUCAUUUGCAUUGUUGCAUUGAAAGACACAGAAAUGUCCGUAGCUUCAUCUUGUGCAUGCAUUGUGGAAUUAAUGGGCAGUAAUGUUCCCCUCUUUAUUUGCAAUUACACUGGGCAAACCUAGGAGUCAUGCAGAAUCUUUCCCUUCCUGUCAGCUGCUUUCUCUCCCGUCUUGCUUCUCCAUUUGUAGCACACAAUACCCCGUCUGUUCCUCCUGUGUUUCCCAGCCGGGGUUACCUGUCACUUUGGGAAGAUGUGGGAACCCUCAUGUGAAAUUAUGGGAAGUUAGCCGAUUAGUACAAACCGAUUAGCCAGUGGUAACACUACUAUUUAUGGAAAUGAAUCUUUGUAGCCGUGACAUGGAGAAUAAAGAAACACUCAGGGGGCUACAGAAAAUGGAUGACCGCCCAGAGGAGCGCAUGAUCAGGGAAAAACUCAAGGCAACUUGCAUGCCAGCCUGGAAACAUGAAUGGUUGGAGAGGAAAAGCAGGCGAGGUCCUGUGGUCGUUAAACCCAUUCCUGUAAAGGCUGACGGGUCAGAAACUUUCAAGGCAGACUCCGUUGAAGGGUCGCUGAAUGGCUUGUCCCAUGUUCAUAAAGGAAGACGAAGUCCUUCUCCCAGCAGUUCAUCCAGCUCAUCCAAAUCCACAAAGCCAGAAUCACCAGGAGUGAAACGGAGAGGCCUUUCUCCAGUCCCUAGUGGACGUGUCACACCACCUCGAAGAGCUCCCUCUCCUGACGGCUUCUCACCUUUCAGUCCUGAGGAAACCAGUCGAAGGGUUCAUAAAGUUAUGCGUGCAAGACUCUAUCUGCUACAGCAGAUCGGACCCAAUUCCUUUCUAAUUGGUGGCGACAGCCCAGACAAUAAAUACAGAGUUUUUAUUGGACCUCAGGCCUGCAGCUGUGGCAGGGGAGCAUUCUGCAUCCAUCUUCUGUUCGUCAUGUUAAGAGUCUUCCAGUUAGAACCAUCUGACACCAUGUUGUGGAGAAAAGCACUGAAGAAUUUUGAGGUUGAGAGUUUGUUCCAGAAAUAUCACAGUAGACGUAGCUCAAGGAUCAAAGCUCCAUCUCGUAACACCAUCCAGAAGUUUGUAUCACGCAUGUCCAAUUCACAUACAUUGUCAUCAUCCACCUCUACAUCUAGUUCAGACACCAGCAUGAAAGAUGAGGAGGAGCAGAUGUGCCCGAUCUGCUUGCUGGGGAUGCUGGACGAGGAGAGCCUGACUGUAUGUGAAGAAGGCUGCAGAAACAAGUUACACCACCACUGCAUGUCAAUUUGGGCAGAAGAGUGCAGAAGAAAUAGGGAAUCUCUUAUCUGUCCUCUUUGUCGGUCAAAGUGGAGGUCGCAAGAUUUCAACAGCGUUGAAUUACCAGGGCCUGUGGAUUCUCCUCCUAUUCUUCGGGCUGUUCAACAGCAGUCUCUACAACAGCAGCCUACAGCUGGUUCCCAAAGGAGGUCACAGGACAGCAGCCUGAAUCUUACACACUAUGGGGUGCAAAAUAUUCCAUUUGCCUAUAAAGAUAUGGCCGAACCAUGGAUUCAGGUUUUUGGACUGGAGCUAGUGGGCUGUUUGUUUUCUCGAAACUGGAAUAUCAGAGAAAUGGCCCUGAGGCGCCUCUCCCAUGAUGUCAGUGGGGCCUUGCUGUUGGCAAAUGGUGAAAGCACUGGAAAUUUAUGCAGUGGCAGUGGGACUACAACAAGUGGUACAACCCUGAAUACUGCCAGUGGCUCAUCUCAGUCUAGUAUCUCAGGGGAUGUUGUGGUGGAGGCUUGCUGCAGUGUGCUCUCCAUGGUGUGUGCCGACCCAGUCUACAAGGUGUAUGUCGCAGCUUUAAAAACAUUACGAGCAAUGCUGGUGUAUACUCCUUGCCAUACACUUACAGAAAGAAAGAAGCUGCAGCGACUUCUCAAUCCAGUGGUGGAAACUAUACUUGUGAAAUGUGCAGAUGCCAACAGCCGGACAAGUCAGCUUUCAGUGUCCACUUUGUUGGAACUAUGCAAAGGACAAGCUGGAGAGUUGGCAGUUGGAAGAGAAAUACUCAAAUCUGAUUCCAUCGGUGUCGGUGGGGUGGAUUAUGUCUUGCAUUGCAUUCUAGCAACGCAGGUAGAGCCUAAUAACUGGCAGUCGCUACUUGGCCGCCUUUGUCUAAUUGACAGGCUGCUUUUGGAGUUUCCUGCUGAAUUUUAUCCACACAUCAUCAGUGGAGACAUCAUGCAGGCAGAUGCAGUGGUUGACAGAUAUAAAAACCUGUUGUCCCUGCUGAAUUUUGCCUUGCAGUCUAUUGACAACUCUCAUUCCAUGGUGGGGAAAUUAUCCAGGAGAGUAUUUUUAAGUGCAGCAAGAAUGGUAGCGAGGGUUCCCCAAGUGUUCGUCAAGCUGCUGGAUAUGUUAAGUGUAACGAGCUCUACACAUUACAUUCGCAUGCGCCGCCGGCUCAUGGCCAUAGCUGAAGAGAUGGAUAUUGUUGAAGUAAUCCAGCAAGGUGUAGAAGAUUCUCAAGCAUUUGAAGACCGUAGGGAAGCAUUUGUACAGCCUUCUGCCCCAGCCAAUACCCCAUCAACCUCACAAAGCAAUUCUCCGGAUAAUACUGUACAGCUGUCACUGAAAGUGGCAAAAGAAGUAUGUGACUCAAAAUCUGCCUCAAGUCCAGAAGACUUACGUGAGGCACUGGAAGUAAUGUCAUUGGCACACCCUUCCUCCUCUGCACCAGCCGAGCAACCAAAGCCUGCUAUUUUGACAAAACGCAGACCACACAGUCAAUGCUUGAAUUCCCCGUCUUCCAGUCAUCCUCAUUCCUUUUUCCCUACUUUACCUUCACCUUCUUCUACUCCUCCUGUGCCAGCUGGUCCUGUCACAGAUGCUACAAAGCCAUGGUCUCAGGGUUUAACCCCAUGUAAACUCUCUUCAGCUUCCCCUCAAACUCAGAGGAAAUUUUCCCUUCAAAUACAAAAGCACUAUUCUGGCAGUAAAGAGCCUGAAAAACUUUCCCCUGUUUUUACUCAAGCAAGACCUCUGCCAUGUCCUCAAAUACACAGGCCAAAGCCCUCACGACCUACCCCGGGAGACCUAGGGAAACCUGGUGAGGCUCAGAUUCAUGACCUAAAUGUUUCCCCUUACGAUAACAGUGGCAGUAAUAUCAGCGCCGUCAUUCCAAGUGAUGAUACUGUUUUUACACCUGUAGAGGAGAAGUGCAGACUGGAUGCAAAUACAGAGCUCAAUUCCAGCAUGGAGGAUCUGCUGGAAGCAUCCAUGCCUGCAUGUGAUAGCUCCGUCACCUUUAAGUCCGAAGUUGCUGUGCUUUCUUCUGAGCGGGCAGAGACUGACGACACAUACAAAGAUGAUGUCAAUCACAAUCAGAAGUGCAAGGAGAAAAUGGAAGCCGAGGAGGAAGAAGCACUGGCUAUAGUUUUGGCAAUGUCAGCAUCUCAGGAUGCACUGCCAGUCAUACCCCAGCUGCAAGUUAAAAAUGGGGAAGACAUCAUCAUCAUUCAACAGGACACACCAGAGACCCUGCCUGGACAUACCAAAGCAAGAAAUCAUUACAGGGAGGAAAUGGAAUGGCUCAAGGGCCAGCAGAUUGGCUUAGGAGCAUUUUCUUCCUGCUAUCAAGCUCAGGAUGUUGGAACCGGAACAUUAAUGGCUGUGAAACAGGUAACCUAUGUGAGGAAUACAUCUACUGAACAAGAAGUAGUGGUUGAAGCCCUCAGAGAAGAGAUAAGGAUGAUGAGUCACCUGUCCCAUCCUAAUAUUAUACGGAUGUUGGGCGCCACUUGUGAGAAGAGCAACUACAAUCUGUUCAUUGAAUGGAUGGCAGGUGGCUCUGUUGCCCAUUUGCUCAGCAAAUAUGGACCAUUCAAGGAAUCGGUUAUCAUAAACUAUGCCGAACAACUGCUACGUGGUCUAUCUUACCUACAUGAGAAUCAGAUUAUACACAGAGAUAUAAAAGGUGCCAAUUUGUUGAUUGACAGCACCGGGCAGAGGCUGCGUAUCGCUGAUUUUGGAGCGGCAGCGAGGUUGGCGUCAAAGGGAACUGGUGCAGGCGAGUUUCAGGGGCAGUUGUUAGGAACAAUCGCCUUCAUGGCACCUGAGGUGCUGAGAGGGCAGCAGUAUGGAAGAAGCUGUGAUGUGUGGAGUCUUGGGUGCAGUAUAAUAGAAAUGGCAGGAGCUAAACCUCCAUGGAAUGCAGAAAAACACUCUAACCAUCUUGCACUCAUAUUCAAGAUUGCAAGUGCUACAAUGGCCCCAACAAUCCCAUCACACUUGUCUCCAGGAUUGCGGGAUGUAACCCUUCGAUGUCUGGAGCUCCAACCCCAAGAUAGACCACCAUCCCGAGAACUACUGAAGCACCCAGUCUUUCGAACAAAGUGGUAGAGAAUUAGGUGUCCGAGAACUUCCGGUUCUUAUUGACCGAGAGGAGAGAAAUCCCGCGGAUGUAGGGCAUUGCCAUCUUCUAAGCUGUACAUAUACUGCUGUGUGGAAGCCCUUGGCCUGUGUGAGACAAUUCAGGAUCUCCAAAGCUUGAGAUUAUGGAGACGUAACUGUCUCUAAUAAGAUUUAUAUAAAAUAUAUAUAUAUAUCUAUUUAAAAAAAAUGUGCCUUUUUGGAAACCCGCUCUGCAGAUUAGACGAGGGUCAUAUGGCCAGAAGUAGUUGCGGCUUUCCAAAAUCUAUACAAAUUUAAUUUUGUAGCCCCAGAAAGAAAACGUAUAUUUGUGAACAAGAUAGUGUUCCUCAGGUGUCUGUGAAGCUCUCUUCAAGGACUGUAUGUCAUAUAGAGUCACGUGACAAAGAACUGACCUCUCUCUCUCUCCAGUUGCUCUGAGGGAGAACAGUAGAAGCAGCCAUAUUAUUAUUGCAAUGUGUAAAUAGUGUCUACACUGUAUUUUUCCACUGUUGAAUCACGUGGUUAAACAUCUUUACCCCUGUAUUACUUUUCUUCGUUGUAAAGUGAAAUCAUUUCAUGUGUAAUAGAAAGAGAGUAUUUUUGUACUAUAUUAUACGACCGCCACUUGUAUACAGUAGGUGCCAGAAGUCUGAGUCCACUACCAAAAACUCUUGUUUAGUUCAUCAUUUAUCUCAUUCAAGUUUGCUUGAAUGUUUUACUUACCGACACAGUAUUUUAUGGCCACUAUUGAUUUCUGCAGGUUUAUGCAGCUUUUCGAAGAGAUUUUUACAGGAUUUAUAUUUUCAAAUGUUCCCAAAGACAUCUAGUGGUGUUGAGUAAAUGGGGAGGGAAAGCCAUAUUUGCUCUUCUUUUGGACUGCAAAUAGGUGUAACGCCACGUCAGCAGAUAUUUAGGAGCCUAGUUUUGGUGUAUGAAAUCUCUUCCACACAAAACUAAGCCAGAGGGGAUCAUGUGCUGCCUCUGUAGAAACGGUGGCACUUUAGUUUGGUAGCAACCAUAUUCUUCGCAUUGCGAUUCAUUUACGCAAGACAUUUUGUCAAGGUUUGACCCAUGCCCGUUAUGCUUGUUGUGUGACUGUACAUUUUACUAAUUGGGACACGACUGCUUUACUCUAGAGUCCUACAGUGGGUCGGGUACCCGCGGGUUACCCA